CAUAAAUGUCACCCUAAGUUUAUAAGUUAUACAUCAAAUCAAAUUAGAAACUAGAUGUUUACAACAGAGAAUUUUAAACUUGAGAGGGUAGAAUGUUUGAACUAUUUUGAUUGGUUUUUGCAAUUUUGCCGUAUAGCAACCCAUUUUGGAUCACGGAUCGUCUUGUCCACACAGCCACUCGAUCGUCCCCCCUUAUCCCUCCUUGUCCGUCUUGCUCUGCUUUGUCGCGAGCUGGGCAAUGGCUAUGCCGCUGCCGCCGCCGCCUCGUCCUCCUCUUGUACGGGGACGGCUCGUCGGAGUAGGACCACCUUCACCAGCAACCUCCCAAACCCAGCGCCCGAUGCCCCCCGCAUCCCUGCGGCUGCUUCGCUGCCGCUGUCAACGCUCGGAGGGACCGUGGAGGACGUCGACGUCGACGAAGGGGAGGAGGCGGUGGUGGUCCGACGAGGAUCUGGAGGAAGAAGAGGAAGACGAGGAGUACGAAUACGAGGACGGCUUGCCGGGCGGCUCAGCCCAGCAGCUGUUCGGCGAGCCAUGGUUUUCCAAGCUCUUCCGGGCGUACGGCUAUGUGCUGCCGCUGCUGCUGGCGUCCAUGCUGGUCGCCACGGGGCCCAAAGCUUUCCUCAUGGCCAUGGCGCUGCCGCUCGCUCAGUCCGCCAUCUCCUGGGUCGUCUCCUUCUUCACCACCCGUGGGAGGGAGCAGCAGGAGGAGUCGUACGAAUACCAAUACGACGGCGAUCCUCCCUUCGAACGCCGAGAGGUAGACUACGACGACUACUAUGAGGGCGGAGCCCGGCAAUGGCAGAGCAGAAGCUACCAGCAACCUAACAAAUCAGGCUCCAGUUUUGGAGGAUGGGAUGACCUCCUCUACGACGAGGACCAGAGACAGCAGGAGAGCACAGGCAAGAGGACGACGCCACCUGAGCCCGACACGGCUGCUGCCACUGCCGAUCUGGGAAUUGGAUUGCGGUCGAGGAGAGGUCCACGACGCAGCAAUGGCGGCAUGUCCCGAGGAAGAAGCGGCGGCAGCAGGAGGUAUAACCAAGCGCCACUGUUGACGCGCCUUCUCGUGGCAUUGUUCCCCUUCCUCGGCUCAUGGUUCAGGAUACUCUAGUUCGAGGACAAACCGAGAGAGAACGAGAACAGAGAGGAAGCAGCUUUCUGGUUUGAUUCAUCAUCACAUGCUCACAGUUUCCGUGCCUCAUUGUUUUGGUCAUUCCUGCAAAAUAAAAAACAUAAAUUAAGAAUUUUCCCCCCCUGUUUGUUCGAGAAUCGAACCGUCUGACGUGAAAUUGAGAUGAAAUUUCUGACCUUGUGGUCGACUCAGAUCAGAACAAGAAAGUUUCUGACGAACAUUGGAACAGGCCUGGCCUUCUCAUUCAUUCGCCGUCCUGGUGCUGUUGUUUGCCUACUCUACAUCGUACAUGCGGACCAAUGGACCAUGCGCGCUCGUCAAACUGAUAGGAGAAGAAAAAAAGGCAUAAAUUUGCGUAAGAAAGUCUCACA